AAAAGCAGGCUAUGACAUCUCUCGUCUUCUCUCUGAUUAUAAGAAUUAAAUAAGAAGUAUUCAAAGAUAACCUAAUAUAGUUAGAAAUAAUCACAAUUAAUCUUGAAAAUCGAUUUAUGUUACCAAAUUGUAGAAUUUCAAGAUGCAAAAAUUUAGGAGAGCUCAAGCACAAAAUAAGUUGUCCAUCGAAAGACACUUGGAGGCCAACAUGUCAUUAAAUUCAUCUAGUGAAGAAGAAGAUGAAACAAAUGAAGAAGAUGUUCAAAAUGUAGUGGGCAAAGUAUUGUCAGCAUAUCAGGGACAAAGCACGGAUGCAGAGAAAGUGAUAUCAUACUUAAUUAAUUCUUUCCAAUCAAGUAGCGCUGUUUGUUUGAUAUGCAUAUCAACUGUCAAGAAGAUAGAUCCGAUAUGGAACUGUAACAAAUGUUAUGCAUUUUUGCACAUGUCCUGCAUCUUACGUUGGAUUAAUGACAGUUUAAGUUACAAACAGGCUAAAGGAAUCAUACCAAUCUGGGCAUGCCCAAAAUGUCGCAUGGAAUAUAACCAGGAUCAGAUUCCAAGAUCAUAUGAAUGUUUCUGUAAAAAGACUAUAAAUCCUCCAUAUCAACCCUGGAUAAUUCCACAUUCUUGUGGCGAAACUUGUAGCAAGCUCUUACAACCAGAAUGUGGUCACAAAUGUGUAUUGCUCUGUCAUCCUGGCCCAUGCCCACCAUGUGCAAAGAUGGUGUCGGUCAAAUGCUAUUGUGGCAAGCUACUGCCGCAGCCACGUCGUUGUAAUGCUAAAAAUUGGAGUUGUGGAACAGUAUGUGAUAAAAAAUAUGAAUUUUGCUCGCACACUUGUAAUAACUUGUGUCAUGCUGGAGAAUGUCCCCCUUGUAUGGAAAUAGUAUCACUGAAAUGCCACUGUAAGAGUAAUCAAAAGGAAGGAAAAUGCUAUGAAGGUACGUGGAGUUGUGAGAGACUUUGUAAUAGAAAAUUCUCUUGUAAUGUACAUAUUUGUGAGAGUACAUGUCACUUACCCGAUGAUUGCGGUAAUUGUCCACUGGAGAAGAAUAGAUGUUGUCCUUGCGGGAAAAAACGAUACGAUGUUUCGUGCAGGCAGCAACAAGUACCAACGUGCGGCGAUACUUGCGGGAAAUUGUUAGACUGUGGAUCACAUUUCUGCAAUAUGAGAUGCCAUAUUGAUCGUUGUGGUCAGUGUCUGGAAGUAAUAACAAAAGCUUGCAGAUGCAGCAGUUAUACAAAAGAGAUUGCUUGUGGAAAAGAAUUUCACUGCAACAAGAAAUGUACACAAAUGCGCUUAUGUGGCAGACACCUAUGUAAUAAAAAAUGUUGCGAUUGCAUAUUGAAGAAUACAUCCAAUCCCUGUGAAAAAACGUGCGAAAAUAUGCUUAAUUGUCGGAAGCACAAGUGCGCCGCACCUUGCCACAGUGGUCCUUGCUAUCCAUGCACGAGAAUGGACACUGUACAAUGUCGAUGCGGCAGUAGUAAAAUAACAGUGCCAUGCGGUACCAGGAAAAGAAUCAAACCGCCACCAUGUAAUAAAUCCUGUAAAAUUCCGCCUGAUUGUCAUCACAACAAAAGGGAAACUCAUAGAUGUCAUCAAGGACCUUGUCCACCAUGCAAAAAGAUCUGCGGCUUGAUACACAAAAGAUGCGGUCAUUCUUGUCCAGCCACUUGUCACACGAAGGUCUGGGUGAAGGUCAAAGCGAACGGAGUAAAAGCACAACCUAUUGGACCUUGGGAAAAACCUGGUAAAGACAUUAUGGAAUUGAAGACUUUACCAUGUCCACCAUGUGAAAUUUCCGUGCUCGUGACCUGUCUCGGCGGUCAUGAGACGCGUCCCUGGCCGUGUCACAUGUCAAAGCCAAGCUCUUGCGGCAGGGCUUGUGACCAACUAUUGCCGUGUAAAAAUCAUACCUGCGAAUUGACCUGUCAUAAGAUACAAACUUCUGAUAACAAAUCAGACAGUGGUAUACCAUGUAUGGAAUGCGAGAAGGAAUGCCAAUUCGUACGUUUAUCGGGUUGUACGCACGCAUGUCCGGAACCUUGUCAUCCAGCGCCUUGCAAACCGUGCAAGCAAUUGGUGCGAAUCUCUUGUCACUGUGGUAUUAGUACCCUUUACCGACAUUGUGUAGACUUGAUAACUGCGACAAAUAAGAAACAUGAUGAAUUACUCAAAUGUGGAAACCAGUGUCCAAAAAAUUAUUCAUGCGGCCACCGUUGCAUUAAUGAUUGCCAUCCAGGAGAGUGCAAAGGACAGGAGCAAUGUAGCAAGAAAGUUAGAUUAUGGUGUAAAUGUAAAAGAAUUAAAAAGGACUUUCUUUGUUUGCGUCUUCAAAAGGAGCAAAUUACUGUAGAAUGCGAUAAUGUGUGCGAAUCAUUGAAGAUUGAGAAAAAGGAGGCUCAAGAAGCUAUUAUAGCAAAGAAACGAGAAGCAGAAGAGUUACGUAAUCGGGAAGAAAUUGAGAAAUUUGAAAAAAAGUUCAAGCCACGCCGAAAGAGGAAAGAUAAGUAUGAAAAUUCGAAAUUAUCCCAAGGAAACAUGGGGAAUAAUUGUUGGAAUACAUGGAUUUUAGCGAUUGUUGUAAGCAUUAUAGGUAUAGUAAUAGUAUAUAUGAUUUCUUUUGAUUCAAGUAUGCUUAAAAUGAGUUGAUUCUACAAAUUGAUCUGAAAUUAAUGACACUAUACAAUGAUCAAUUUACAAUAAUAAUCAUAUAUCUGUGAUUAUCAAUGCUUGUACAAAUAUUAUAAGAAACAUUUUCAUGUAGCUUGUAUAUAUCAUCAAUGAAAAAAAUUACAAU